UUUCUAAAUCAAUAUCCUCCUUAUAUACAUAAGAGACAUCUCUCUCCCUCUCAUUCACUCUCUCCUCCCACUCCCCUCUCUGUGCUGACAAAUAGAGAGCUUCUGCAACCAACCCAACCAACCAACAAUGGCAGCUGCAGGUAUGGCCGUCAUCGGGGCAAUAACCAUCCCAUCUAAGAACAUCCAACACGGCCUCGCAUUCUCUACCUCCUCUCUCUCCGGUGACAAGUUUCUGCCUACCUUGUCUCGUCGUAAUAUCCGCAUCUCUUCCGAUGUUGAACGAGCUCCGGUUAUUAAGGCCGUUUCUGAUUCUCAGAAUUCGCAGACUUGUCUUGAUCCCGAAGCUAGCCGCAGUGUUCUAGGUAUUAUUCUUGGAGGUGGUGCUGGUACACGUUUGUACCCACUUACUAAGAAAAGAGCAAAGCCUGCGGUGCCGCUUGGUGCCAAUUAUAGGCUUAUUGACAUCCCAGUGAGCAACUGUUUAAACAGUAACAUUUCCAAAAUAUAUGUUCUUACUCAAUUCAAUUCUGCAUCCCUCAACCGUCAUCUUUCACGGGCGUAUGCUAGUAAUCUGGGAGGUUACAAGAAUGAAGGGUUUGUAGAAGUUCUUGCCGCUCAGCAAAGUCCUGAGAAUCCUGACUGGUUCCAGGGUACAGCUGAUGCUGUCAGGCAAUACUUGUGGCUAUUCGAAGAGCACAAUGUCAUGGAAUUCUUGAUUCUUGCUGGUGAUCAUUUAUAUCGUAUGGAUUAUGAAAGAUUUAUCCAAGCUCAUAGAGAAACUGAUGCAGACAUUACUGUUGCUGCACUGCCGAUGGAUGAAAAGCGUGCUACUGCAUUUGGUUUAAUGAAAAUUGACGAAGAAGGAAGGAUUAUUGAGUUUGCUGAGAAACCCAAAGGAGAACAAUUGCAAGCUAUGAAGGUUGAUACCACUAUCUUGGGUCUGGAUGAUGAGAGAGCAAAAGAAAUGCCAUACAUAGCUAGUAUGGGAAUUUAUGUUAUCAGCAAAGAUGUAAUGCUAAAUUUGCUUCGGGAUAAAUUUCCUGGUGCUAACGAUUUUGGCAGUGAAGUUAUUCCAGGAGCGACUUCCAUAGGGCUAAGAGUUCAAGCUUACUUGUAUGAUGGUUAUUGGGAAGAUAUCGGUACAAUUGAGGCUUUUUACAAUGCAAACUUGGGUAUCACCAAAAAGCCGGUGCCAGAUUUCAGCUUCUAUGAUCGUUCGUCUCCAAUAUAUACACAACCUCGGUAUUUGCCUCCUUCAAAGAUGCUUGACGCUGAUAUAACUGACAGUGUCAUCGGUGAAGGCUGUGUGAUUAAGAACUGCAAGAUUCAUCAUUCUGUUAUUGGUCUCCGAUCUUGCAUUUCGGAGGGUGCAAUUAUUGAGGAUACGCUGUUAAUGGGAGCUGAUUAUUAUGAGACUGAUGCUGAUCGGAAACUCCUAGCUGCUAAGGGUAGCGUAGCUAUUGGCAUUGGGCAGAAUAGCCAUAUAAAAAGAGCAAUAAUUGAUAAGAAUGCUCGGAUUGGGGACAAUGUCAAGAUUAUCAACAGUGACAAUGUACAAGAAGCAGCAAGAGAAACAGACGGUUACUUCAUCAAGAGUGGAAUUGUAACUGUUAUCAAAGACGCCUUGAUUCCGAGUGGAACCGUAAUCUAAAAUGGUGCAAAUACCAUUUUCCUCUUUCUUUUUUUUUUUUUCUUUUUUUUUCCAAGUACUUCAAGUGUCCCACUACAAGGCCUCUCUACCUCUUGUUUCAGUCUUUGAGUAUGUAAAUAUUUUGAUCUUUUGCCGUAAUUCGGUCCGCGGUAGUGUUAUAAGUUGGACAGGGGGUAUGAGGAACGGCAUUGUAAACAUAUUUUGACCACUUUAGGCACUAUAAAAUUUGUUUGAUGCCAUACCAAAAUAAAUAAUUACAAAUAUUCAACCAUGUUAA